AGCGACCUAUGCGACAGUAGAAAGCAUUCGUUGUAGUUUAGCAUCAUGAAGAUGCGACAGCGGCAGCACGACCACGACGACCUUACAAAACAUGACCACAUGGUUACCGUAAAUUUUGGCGUUUAGACAUCACCACUCAAGCUGUGUUGCAUGGCAUAUCCUGCACAUUUUUGCAUGGGCCGAUUACUAUUUACAACUUUAUCAUCCUCGAGGAUUAGAUUUGUUGGUUUUGUCAGUCACGCCGCACGCAGGUUGCGGUUUGUCCUUGAAUAAAAGUUGAAUUCUAUUGUUAUCGAAAGCACUGCUACUACCUUCUCUUAUCCCAGCGCGAAAAAAAAAGAACAUUCCCAAACAUCGUAGAAAAAUGGUUUUUAAAACCAUUCGUAACCUUCCCGAUAAUUCCUCUGACGCAUUAUUGACUUUUUGCUUGCCUUAGGCACCACGCACCAUUCGAGUACGACAUGCACCCUGUCCCUAUCGACGCGGAAAAAUAAACCAAGAAAGGCCCUGUCCGCGCGAAGAUGACCACUGACAAUGAUCGGCACGAGAUGAAGGCGAUCCUUCUAGGACGCGACUUCAUCUACUGCGGAAAACUACAACAGACGACCACAAAAGUGUAAUACACAUGACAAUGACACCUUUUAGUCAUAAAUCUACUUCUGCGCAUUUUAUUGAACAGAAGUUCUUACAACUUUUACCUAUGUAAUUGAUACGACGAUUCUUUUUGAAUUCGUUUUACUCUUUUUCUAUUGCCCCUCCCACGCCCGGCACUGUAAUUCGUAUAGAAUGAAUAUGAAGCACAAGCAUUCUGGAAAGAAUGAAACAACGGCGCGAAUAAGCACCAGCACACCUGCUGCUUCGCCUGCGACGGGCGGUCCUGCUGGAAGAGGAUGCGCUUUGCUGUAUCAGGCAGGCGAAGGCCAGAUCCAGAAAGCUCCCGGUCCGCAAGUCAAUUGCAAAGAAGCACAACGGGAAGGCCAAGGCGCUCCUACCUCACUCGAUGCAGUAGACACACGAUCUGCAGUAGUUUCAUCUUCUUGUCUUGAAACCGCGAGAACAUCGUCACCGAUUACAACUAUGACUGCCCCUUCGGGGCCCCCUUGCAGUAGAACGGCUCCCGUUCAUCAAGCACAAGCAGGAGCGAAGGAUGUUGGCGCUGUUCCCUGUCCCUCUUCUAGUUGCAGAGGAACUAAUAUUCCCACUACAGUGCCUCCUCCACUUGCGCAAGAAAAACUACAUCAGGGCGGUGAAAAAAGAAAAACGAAGAGCGACCCCGUAGUUGCCCGCAGAGGACAUGUGGAUGUGAUUGCGCGGCACCUGCCGGGCCCCAUGCGAGAUGACUUCGCGCGGAUGCUGCUGCAGGUUUUCCCGCACCUGUGCCGGGUGGUUAUCGCGAAAGGAAAUCGAAAAAAGCCGAAAGUGAUCAGCGCAUUUGACGAAGCGAAGGAGAUAUUGGACCAGUGUUCUUUAGGUCGUGAGAACGUCGACGGACCCGCCACGCAGAAGUGCAACGAAAAUGGGGUCGUUGAAAAAUCUUUUCCAAAGGUGGAAGCAGCAGUAGAUCAUCAGUUGGGGCAAAACAAAAACUACAUUGACGCGACUGGCUCGAAAGAGCGAAAGAUGAAAAAAUUAGAAACGACGAGAAGCAAGAAAAAUCAGCAACAAAAUACGCUACAUCUUCUAAAAAGUGCUCCGACGGUGGACGACAAGCACCAUGGAGCCGCGCCACCGGCGUCUUCGGCGAGAGUAGACACGCGCGCGGGAGCCGCGGAAGAGAAGAAAACUCAACACGCAGAUGCUGCCGCAGGCGGCGGGAGGGGAAGGCGAGCGCCGCGUGGUCCUUCUACGGCUUCGACCACCUGUUCUAGAACAACUUCGUGUAGUGCUGAGGUUCCUGCUAGCGAUACAACUUCCACCUGCCUAGCAUCCACGACUGGCACAACUGCGUGCAAUAAUAAUAAAGUAAAAACAAGUUCCUGCUCCUGCGAUCCCAGGC